AUGCUCGUCGCUGAGAUUCAGACAGCGAUGCUCACUUUGGCAAGCGAACAGCAGGUGCGACCGAAACGCCGUUCGAAAUUCAUUCGAAUUCCAAAGAAUAUUCGUCGAUUCAUCGACGAAGAGACAAAAUCGCUAAUCGACGGGCCCAGAGCACAAGAAGUUUUCAUCGAAUCGAGAGGUGGUGAAGUAUUGAUAUUUCGUGGUCCUUUAGAUCACGUUAUAAAACUUAAAGAAAAGAUCGACAACAUUAUUAAACGUGUGCAAGAGCAGGUUGUCGAGCGUCGCUUACGAUUUGCACUGGUCGAGUCCGAUUUCUUGCGUGCAAACAAUUACAAAGUAGCAUUAAGGAUGGAAGAAGAAACAAAUACAGUUAUUCGUUAUAUCAACGUUGAUUCGAAUGAUGAAAAGACCAAUUUCGUAAAAAUCAUUUUUCAAAAUAGUCGCGGUCAGACGAUAAUCGUCGAGAUAGGCGACAUUUCCAAGGUCGAACACGUCGACGCCAUCGUCAACGGAGCAAAUGGGUCUUUGGAGCACGCUGGCGGUGUUGCUAAAGCGAUUGCGAAAGCAGCUGGGCCCGCAUUGGAUCAAGAAUGCAAAGAAUUGAUUUCGAACAACGGCGACUUACCAAUUCCUGUUGGCCGAGCGGUGAAAACAACGGCCGGAAAUCUUCCAUUCAAAUGUGUUAUUCACGCAAUAAGUCCUCAUUACAGCGAUGGUUAUCAAAAUAAACAUCCGCUGCUAUUUGCCAGUGUCUUGUCAGCUUUAGAAGUCGCCGAAAGUGAAAGUUGCUCAAGCGUUGCUUUACCGGCCAUCGGUUCGAAAAUCAAGGGUUUUCCACUGGUCGUUUGUGCGAAUGUUGUCGUUCGGGCAAUAAAACAAUUUUUCGCCAAUUAUCCGCGAUCGAAGUUGAGGAACAUCGUUCUAAUCGAUGUCGACGAGGCAGUUUCAACUGCGUUUGAAUACGAGAUUCGCGUUGAUCACCGAACUCCACAUUUGAACAAUGACGACGACGACAUGAUGAACUGUCAAGCGGCCCCAUCCACGGUUAAAUGGUGUUGGCAAGAUAAGUCUGGUGAGAGAAUGUACAAUGAGGAUGAUACACGACAGAUCGAAAACGCAUUUCUACGAUUUCGAAAUUCAGAGAUACCGAAUGUACCCAACAACGUCCCUCACAGUACUAUUUGGAAUAUUUUUAGAAAGAAGGACGCCUGUGACACUUGUCAUGCAGAAUGUUUCAUUGAAAAUGUGAAACUGAGAUGUGAUAAUUUAAUGAGUGCCACUCUCGUUGACUAUGAGCUUCAUUUUAAUCGAGAUAAGAAGAAAAUCGUGAUCGAAGAUCCUGCUGCGCUGAAAAAUAGUUUCGUCGUUGGCUAUCAGCUCAGAAAGGACACGGGAAAAAAAUGCGACAUUAUUCGCCAUCCAGUUCAACAACAGGAAAGAACGGCGCCAGUGGUGAUGAGCCAAAAUCCGCUGGAUCUUUUUUAUUGCGUAUCAGAAAUAGGCGGAGGCGAGUGGAAUCUGUUUGGCCUUUGUCACCAAUCUGUACAAGAAGCCGAAGACAAAAUUCGCUUAGCCAUUGAGGAAGUCAAAGUUUCUGAGACAGUUUCGGUCAAGCUGGAUACAAAUCUCGAUCAGCACAAGAGUAAAAUCGCAGAAAUUGGGUAUCAACAGCGAAUUCAAAUCGAAUUUGAACCUGAAAGCACUGAACAACUUUCGAUGAUACUGAAAGGUUUGCGGGGAGGUGUGGCAGAAGCCAAAUUCAAAAUCUUUGACUACACUCAGAAUAUAUUAAGAAUGCAAAUCGGCAAUGAUGAAGAUUUAAGACUGCCAAGCGAAUGGAUCGAUCAACAAGAAGAAUGCCGAUUAGUUGAAAUCGGCAUGGAACGAUCCAAAUUUCAUGCGUAUCGAAACCCGAAUGAAGGAAACGAUACCCAAUAUUGA